CCUCGCGCGCCGGUGUCCGCGCCCCACCCGCGGCGGAGGCAGCGAGCACGAGAGCUCGUGCGCGGGGAGCAGCUUGGCGGCCCAGCCCCAGGGAGUCCCUGAGCAGAGGCUGCUCAGGCUCCGGCGGGGGUCGCUAGGAGCCUGAGCGCACGGAGACACAAAGGUGGGCGCGAUGCAGGGACAAACAGGGAGCCGAGAAAGGGAAAACGAAAGCCGCGGAGCGAGCCGGUGACUGGUGAAGGCGCUGCGCAGCCCUCGUGACGCCGGCGGUGCCCGGGCCUGCUCUGGUGGGCCUGCCUGGCUGAGUCCGGUGGGCCUGCCUGGCUGAGUCCGGAGCGCCGUAGCCAUGGCCAUCGCCCACCUGGCCACAGAGUAUGUGUUCUCGGACUUCUUGCUGAAGGAGCCCGCGGAGCCCAAGUUCAAGGGGCUGCGGCUGGAGCUGGCCGUGGACAAGAUGGUCAUGUGUAUUGCCGUGGGUCUGCCGCUGCUGCUGAUCUCGCUCGCCUUCGCGCAGGAGAUCUCGAUCGGUACACAAAUAAGCUGUUUCUCCCCAAGUUCUUUCUCCUGGCGUCAGGCAGCCUUCGUGGAUUCUUACUGCUGGGCUGCUGUUCAGCAGAAGGACUCCCUACAGAGCGACUCUGGAAACCUCCCACUGUGGCUGCACAAGUUUUUUCCCUACAUCCUGUUACUGCUUGCGAUCCUCUUGUACCUGCCCUCCUUGUUCUGGCGUUUCACGGCUGCACCUCAUCUUUGCUCAGAUCUGAAGUUUAUCAUGGAAGAACUUGACAAAGUUUACAACCGUGCAAUUAAAGCUGCAAAGAGUGUCUGUGACCUCGACAAGAGAGAAAAUACCUGCCCAAGUACAGCCGUUAAUGAGAAUGCAGGGCAAAGUUUGUGGGAGAUACCUGAAAGCCACUUCAAGUACCCCAUUGUGGAGCAGUAUUUGAAGACAAAGAAAAACUCUAAUUAUUUAAUAGUCAAGUACCUCGGCUGCAGGGUGCUAACACUCACAAUUAUACUGUUAGCAUGUGUCUACCUGGGCUAUUACUGUAGCCUGUCCUCACUUUCAGACGAGUUUGUCUGCAGCAUCAAGUCAGGGAUCCUAAAGAACGACAGCACUGUUCCCGAUCGGUUUCAGUGCAAACUCAUCGCGGUGGGCAUCUUCCAGCUGCUCAGCUUCAUUAACCUGGCGGUUUAUGCUCUGCUGGCUCCUGUCAUCAUCUACACACUGUUUGUUCCAUUCCGACAGAAGACGGAUGUUCUCAAAGUAUAUGAGAUCCUGCCCACGUUUGAUGUUCUGCAUUUCAAGUCUGAAGGGUACAACGACUUGAGCCUCUAUAACCUUUUCCUAGAAGAGAACAUAAGUGAACUGAAGUCAUACAAGUGUCUGCAGAUACUGGAAAAUAUCAAAAACAGUGGUCAGGGAGUUGACCCAAUGCUACUUCUGCCUAACCUUGGCAUGAUCAAGAUGGACGUUGCUGAUGGCAAAACUCCCAAGCCUGCUGCCAGCGCGAUGGAAGGGGAGCAGAAAAGCCAGAUGGCAGAGCUCCAAGAUUUGAAGGUACCCAGUGAAACUAAUGCAAAUAAUGGAGAGGUGAAUGUCCGGCAGAGACUUAUGGAUUCUUCUUGCUGAUUUUUUUCUUCCCUUGAACUUCAGACCUGUGACUUCUCUGAUAGGGGAUUCAAUAUGGGAUUCAUUUUGGCUGAAGCACCUCUGUCAACGUCCAUGGUGGUUUGCAAUAAAUGGUUCUUCUUAGAGACAUUGGGCAUGUCUUAUUGAGUCCCUGAUGAAAAUGAUGGUCAAAAGAAUGUUGUGAAGAAUAGUUCAUCAACUUCCUACAAGAAGCAAGUCAUAGAUAAGUAAACCACAGCAAGUGUGUGUGUGUAUGUAUAUAUAUAAAAAAAAAAUAUAGAUAUAUAUAUCUAUAUAUAGAGAGAUAUAUAUAUUUAUCUAUCUAUAUAAAAAUAUAUAUAGAUAUAUGUAUAUCCUCGUCAAAUGGGAAAGUGGAAGGAAUGAAUAGUCAAAAGAGUAAUAGCCCUUUGGAAGUUGUGGAGAAACACCUUUCUGUACAGAUGGUGGCAACGCAACCCAGAGCUGCUAGAAGGCAAGGACGUUGGAAGGUUUUUUGUUUUAUUUUAUGAAAUAAUAACAUAUCAGAAUAUAAUUAAAUAUGAAACUCCCAUGUACUCUUAAUUACUGUUGGAUGAGAAAAACAUUCACUGGCUAAAUGGACCAUAGGUCAACAUGCUCUUGGCAGUGACCUAAACUGAGAGUAGUGCGGAUGCCAUGGUUCUCAUACACAUAUUCAGGCUCUUGUUAUGUCAACCUUGGCUAAUUGAAAUCCUCUAACCACUGUUUGUUGGGCUGUGCUCUGAAGAGCAGCAGGCCCAAGCACUGAUUUGAUUGAAAACUUUAUAUCAGUUCAUACAAUUGUGAUGUUUGUAUGGGGAAAUCUAAACAUACAGAACCAAUUAAAUCAGUCACCCUCAAAGGGGGUGCCUACAGCGCUUUCCUCUGUUGCCAGAGGCAUUUGAAAAUAGAACUUAAACACAUUAACAGAACAUGGGGAUGUUUAAAGUGAGGGACAUCUUUACCUAAUAUGAUCAGAGCACAUAAAUGACAUCUACCCUAUGAUGUGCUUGGAGCCAGAACAACUUAACAGGUUAUUUUAUAUUUAAAAACAACUUUUUUUUAUUAUUGUUCUUUAGAUAAAAGUUUACAGAACAAACUAGCUUCUUAUUGAACAGUUAGUACACAUUUGCUUUAUGACAUUGGUUAACAACCUCACGACAUGUCAACACUCUCCCUCUCCACCUUGGGUUCCCUAUUACCAGCUCUCCUGUCCCCUCCUGCCUUCUUGUCUUGCCCCUGGGCUGGUGUGCCCAUUUAGUCUAGUUUUGUUUUAUGGGCCUGUCUAAUCUUUGGCUGAAGGGUUAACCUCAGGAGUGAUUUCGUUACUGAACUAAAAGGGUGUCUGGGGGCCAUAUUCUUGGGGUUUCUCCAGUCUCUGUCAGGCCAGUAACUCUGGAAUUUUGUUCUACAUUUUUCUCCAGCUCUGUCCGGGACCGUCUGUUGUGAUCUCUGUCAGAGCAGUCAGUGGUGGUAGCUGGGCACCAUCUAGUUGUAUUGAACUCAGUCUGGUGGAGGCUGUGGUAAUUGUGGUCUGUUAGUCCUUUGAACUGAUCUUUCCCUUGUGUCUUUAGUUUUCUACAUUCGCCCUUGCUCCCGAAGGGGUGAAACCAGUGGAAUAUCUUAGAUGGCCUCUCACACGCUUUUAAGACCCCAGAUGCUACUCACCAAAGUAGGAGGUAGAAUAUUUUCUUUAUAAACUAUAUUAUGCCUGU